UGCUGCUGCCGGCGCAGAGGGCGCGCAGGCCGGGGGCGGUCGGGACCAGGCGGUGGCCGGCCGAAGAGGAGCCGCUGUCUGCAGGUCGCCUGGCCGACAGUCGCGGCGACGCACCUGGGGCGGAGAAUCAGCUGGAGGAGGCAAGGAUAGGCCCAGGAGCAAUGGAGUCCAAAGAACAAGGGGCAGGGAGUCUCAACGUAGAAAAUGCCCAUCAGGAAAUGGAAGAAAAGCAGCCCAAUUCUAAUAAAAGGGAGCUGGUGGCUCUGCCUUUGGAAGCUGGUGAACACUGUGUGCCUAGAGGAAGUCGCAGGAGGUACCGUGCUAGGCAGCCCAACCUGCACCAUAGAUUGGACCUGAUGCAUAGGCUUGGAGAGCCCCAGGCUAGGAUGAGAGAAGAGAACAUGGAAAGGUUUGGGGAGGAGGUGAGACAGCUUAUGGAGAAGCUGAGGGAAAGGCAGUUGAGUCACAGCCUGCGGGCAGUUAGCACUGACCCCCCUCACCAUGACCAUCAUGAUGAGUUUUGCCUAAUGCCCUGAACCCUAAGGUUUUCUUGGAGAUAAUAGGACAACUCCAUUACCUAAACUUACAUGUUCGUGAUGUACCCUUGUAAAUCUUUUGGUGUUACUUGUUUCUUGUAGGUUUCCUAUUGCCAACUUCUAAAUGAGUGUUGUUUUUACCCAGUCCACAUUUUUGUUAGGUGAAUUAAUCUAUUGCAUGGAAAAAUGCACAUUAUAUAUUGUGAAAUUAAUAAAGCAAUUUGAAAAAAGCA